UGAAUGGUCUGGCAGUCUUCUGGGACCUGUCAUGUCCGCAGUCUCUGGUUAUCCCCUGUACUAUGUCCGCAGUCUCUGGUCAUCUGUACUGUGUCCGCAAUCUCUGGUCAUCGCCUGUACUGUGUCCACAGUCUCUGGUCAUCUCCUGUACUGUGUCCGCAGUCUCUGGUCAUCUCCUGUACUGUGUCCAUAGUCUCUGGUCAUCUCCUGUACUGUGUCCAUAGUCUCUGGCCAUCUCCUGUACUGUGUCCAUAGUCUCUGGCCAUCUCCUGUACUGUGUCCGCAGUCUCUGGUUAUC